UACUAUUAUACCAUGCGUUUAUGUUAAUUAAAAGUUUGACAGGGUUUUCGACAUUGCAAAUAUGUCUGUUCCGAAUAUGGCCUUUUCUGAUGUAGAAAGCUUUCUCGACAAACAUCCAGAGUUAUUCGAAGACUAUCUGAAUAGGAAGGGAAAACAUAGCAUGGUUGAGAAAUGGCUAAAAAAUCAUCAGGUGAAUAAAACACCAGUAAAUCCGAGCACUGACACUGACAAAACGCGAAGUACUGGGAGCAGCAGCGGUGGUAGUACUACCAGCGGCAAGGGCUGUUGGAUCCACAGGGGUGAUGGUCUACAAAAAAGACCCUCACAGAAGGAACUGAGGAAAACUUUUGCGAGGUCCAAAGCCGUGCAUGCUAACAGGACAUACGAUGAAAAUUCGAGGGCACAGGAGCCCCUGACAAGCAUGAGAAGAAGAGCUCUCCUGCGGAAAGCCAGCUCCUUGCCCCCGACUACAGCCCACAUUUUGAGUGCUCUUCUGGAAUCUCGAGUCAACAUACCCCAAUAUCCUUCCACAGCGAUUGAUUUCAAAUACUAUCUCAAGCACAAUAACGAAAGGGAGUUCUUUCUUGAACUGGUGAAAGACAUUUCCAAUGAUUUGGAUUUAACUAGUCUUAGCUACAAAAUCCUCGUUUUUGUCUGCAUGAUGGUAGAUGCUGACCGUUGCUCCUUGUUUCUGGUGGAAGGCCCCGCCAAUAAGAGAACUCUGGUGUCUAAAUUCUUUGAUGUGCACGCGGGGGCCACAGUGCUGCCUGCUUUGAGUACGAAUAACUCUGAUGAAGUUCAGGUGCCGUGGGGAAAAGGAAUAAUUGGAUAUGUUGCUGAGCAUGGGGAGACUGUUAAUAUACCAGAUGCUUACCAGGACCAUCGAUUCAGUAAUGAAAUUGAUAAGCUAACGGGAUACAAGACCAAGUCCCUGCUGUGCAUGCCUAUUGGAAACAGUGAUGGGGAGAUCAUUGGAGUUGCUCAGGCCAUUAAUAAAAAUCCAAGGGGUGCUCUGUUCACAGAGGAUGAUGAAAAGGUGCUAGAGAUGUAUCUUCCUUUCUGUGGGAUUGCCAUAUCCAAUGCUCAGCUUUUUGCAGCCUCCCGGAAAGAAUAUGACAGAAGCAGAGCCUUGCUUGAAGUUGUCAAUGACUUAUUUGAAGAGCAGACAGAUUUGGAGAAAAUUGUCCGGAAGAUCAUGCACCGCGCGCAGACAUUGCUGAAAUGUGAACGGUGUUCUGUGCAACUCCUUGAAGAUAUCGAGUCACCAGUGGUGAAGUUUACCAAAUCCUUUGAGCUUCUGUCUCCGAAAUGCAGUGCUGACGCUGAUAGCAGUUUCAAAGACAGCCUGGAGAAGUCUUCCUACUCGGACUGGCUGAUUAACAACAGCAUAGCUGAGCUUGUCGCUUCCACCGGUCUUCCAGUUAACAUCAGUGAUGCAUAUCAGGACCCUCGCUUUGAUGCAGAAGCUGAUCAGUUCUCUGGCUUUCAUAUACACUCUGUCCUUUGUGUGCCUAUUUGGAACAGUAACCAUCAAAUAAUUGGAGUGGCUCAAGUUUUAAACAGACUUGAUGGGAAACCUUUUGAUGAUGCUGAUCAGCGGCUCUUUGAGGCAUUCGUUAUCUUCUGUGGCCUUGGCAUCAACAACACAAUAAUGUACGAUCAGGUGAAGAAAUCCUGGGCAAAACAGUCGGUAGCAUUGGAUGUCCUGUCCUACCAUGCCACUUGCUCGAAGACUGAAGUUGAUAAAUUUAAGGCAGCAAACAUCCCACUCGUUUGUGAACUUGGCAUCGAUAAAUUAUCUUUUGAUGACUUUUCUCUGGAUGUCGACGCCAUGAUCACUGCUGCCCUCCGCAUGUUUAUGGAGCUCGGCAUGGUGCAAAAAUUCAAAAUCGAUUAUGAGACGCUGUGUAGAUGGUUGUUGACAGUCAGGAAGAAUUACCGAAUGGUGUUGUACCACAACUGGCGGCAUGCGUUCAAUGUUUGUCAGUGCAUGUUUUCAAUGUUAACAACAGCAGGUUUUCAGAAAACUCUGACAGAGGUUGAAAUGUUAGCUCUGAUUGUAGGCUGUUUGUGCCAUGACCUGGACCACCGGGGAACGAAUAAUGCGUUUCAAGCAAAGACAGGUUCAGCUUUGUCUCAGUUGUAUGGUACGUCGGCUACUCUGGAGCAUCACCAUUUUAAUCAUGCCGUCAUGAUUCUUCAAAGUGAGGGCCACAACAUCUUUGCCAACUUAUCCUCCAGGGAGUAUAGUGACCUUAUGCAGCUUCUGAAACAGUCAAUACUGGCCACUGACCUUACCCUCUACUUUGAGAAGAGAAAUGAAUUUUUUGAACUGGUUGAUAAAGGAGAAUAUAACUGGAACGUUAAGAAUCAUCGAGAAAUGUUCAGGUCUAUGCUGAUGACUGCCUGUGAUCUGGGAGCUGUGACAAAACCUUGGGAGAUAUCAAGGAAGGUGGCUGAGCUUGUAACCAGUGAAUUCUUCGAACAAGGAGACAGAGAAAGAUCAGAACUAAAACUCACUCCGUCGGCCAUUUUUGAUCGGAACAGGAAAGAUGAACUGCCAGGCCUCCAGCUAGAGUGGAUUGAUGGAAUCUGUGCUCCACUCUAUGAGACUUUGGUGAAGGUAAACCCCAAGCUUCAGCCAAUGCUGGACCUCAUCCGAGGAAACAGAGUGAAGUGGGAGGAGCUAAACAGGGAAAGACAGCGCAAUCAGCCAAGUAAUACCAGCAGCAGCAGUAGCAGUUCAAGUACAGGUACAAGUACAAGUAGCAGCACAUCCUGCAACCUGUCCCUAAAUAACACAAGCUAGUCCCUGGUGGUUCACUGAAGGGCUCUUUCCUAGCAUUGGCUUUUUCAAGAGUCAGCCUGAGGGAAACUGAAAUCAGCUGUGCUUCCGGAGUAUGGCACUCUGUCUUAGCUUUCGAUGCAGAGGUGGAUUUUGCUUAAGCGCACAGUAUUCACCCAUCGAGAAGACGAAGUGGAGGUUUCUCCUAUGCAGUUACGGUGGUUUGUGUUGCUGUAUGGAUCGCUGGACACCAUCAAUAUGCACAAUCAGCUUUUUGUUUUGUUUAGCUUGCAGCUCUGUGAAAAACCUAGCAUCUUAAUGAAGAGCAUGGUUGAACAUAGAUCUUCAGUGCUCUUGUCAUUCAGUGAAGCAGUCUUGGUAGAGCUGCAAUUAAAAUAGGAAAGCAAGGAAGAAAAUAACCAGUAUCAAAACUUGUUAUUGUUCCCGUCUGUUAGGCGUGUCAGUCUGUUACCUGUAUGCUUUUCCUUAUACUGCUUAAAAUAUCUGUUGCAGGAAUGGUUUUGGAUUAUGUCUAUUUUGUACUGUACAUAUGUAUAUAUAUUUUUAACAAAAGGAAGAUGUUGUGGCCCUCUCUUACCUAUGUUAAAUAACAAGUGUACUUUUAUUUAACAAGUGAGGCUAAGGGGCUGUCUUGGGGUUUGUAGCAACGUAUGCAAUGCAAAUACACAGCACAGCAAACCUGUGCCUUGCAGAUAAAUGAUGUAUAAAAAGUGCAUGAAAAUCCUUUGAGUACUGCAGUCAUUUAUCGAUUUUUCAAGUAAGUCUGCAUUCCUAAAAUUAAGUUUGUUGCAUGUACAGUCUCAGACAAAUGUAUUAGCGCUCUGCUCUUAUACCACAAUUCAAGCUAACAGGUUAAAGACAAGCAUUUAGUAAACUUUGUA